AUGUCAUUACCCAACCAUAUCUCUGCUAGUACUUGGCCGUCAGAAGCGCCACGGAAUACGCUCGAAUCUCGAAAGGUGCAUAUGGCUCUAGACUGGCCUGCAUCAACGUCGAUGACCCCCGAAUUUUUAUCAAAUCGUGUCCAAGCGCAGAAUAUCCCCAUUUCAGAUGCAUAUUAUCCUCGAACAGCUACCGAUCUGCAACAGUUAUAUCACGAACCAUGUGCAACAGAUAUGGAGCUUGACACUCUCGACUCUGCUACUGGCAGCGAGAAUUAUCUGGGUUUGGUUGCUUCCCAAAAUGAACCGAAUUUAUUGGAUCGACGGAUAUCAAUCUUUCAUCAGGAGUCAUUGAUAUAUCCGAUAGGGACAUUCAAUCAACAUCAAUAUAACAUAGAUCAGGUAUUUCCGUGGAAUAAUGGAUUCUACGAAGAAAUCUGCGGCUUUGACAGCAGUCUAAUCCCUAUGCAAUAUCCACUAGCCCAACUAGUAGAGAACCAGGAGAGCAUGGACAAGAGUUUAGAUGAGCAUUUGGCUUCUCAGUAUGCCUCUUCGGUGUCCACUAAUAGUGGAGAAUCCAUAGAAAUGAUGAAAGAUCACAGUCAAACAAAGGAAAGUACCAAUAUCUCCAGAGGACACCGUGUCGAUGGAGUACUGAGGAGACUCCGUCAGAUGGAUCAUCAGAUAAGAACAAUGAAUCGGAAACAGAUGGCCGAUAUAGUCUGCAGCAGCACAGUCUGA